GUUCCUUCUAUCCUUUACCAGUGCUAUCAGCCAACGUCUGUGUAGAAAAGUAAUAUACAACCAAUUCAUUCCUAUGCAGAUUCCAGAAUGGCUCAGGUAGAAGACAUCGCCAUUGUGGGAUACUCGUUCAAGCUUCCCCAAAACAUAAAUGACAAUGAUAGCUUCUGGGAGGUGCUUCAGACGGGACGGAAUCUAAGGACGGAAUGGCCAGAAUCUCGGAUGAACGUGGACGCUUUCAGGCGCACCAGGGACAAUAAAGAGUUGCGUGGCCUAGGAGGACAUUUCAUGAAUGAACAUGUCGGCGCUUUCGAUGCUCCAUUUUUCUCAGUCACGGCCAAGGAGGCGGCGGCCAUGGACCCAACACAGCGUAUGAGUCUAGAAGUGUCAUAUCAUGCUAUAGAGAAUGCGGGGAUCCCAAUCGAGAGCCUCAAGGGCUCGCGAACUGCAGUAUUCUCCGCUUCCAUGCUGGAAGACUAUCCAAGAAUCACAGCGAUAGAUCCGGAAAAUGCAGAGCGGACGGCCGUCACUGGUAGCACUGUUGCGUCCGUCAUUCCCAAUCGGAUUAGCUGGUAUUUUGAUCUGCGAGGACCAAGCAUACAUGUCAAUACUGCUUGCUCGAGCAGCUUGGCCGCAGUCGAUAUGGCCUGUAAAACGUUGAAAAGUGGCGAUGCCUCAUGUGCAAUCGUAACCGGAGCCAAUUUGAUCCUCGACCCAGCCAUUUUCCAAGUGCUGUCGAGCCAGAACUUCUUGUCCCCGGACAGCGUUUGCUAUAGCUUUGAUCAUCGAGCAAACGGAUAUGGUAGAGGUGAGGGUAUUGUUGCUCUUGUUCUAAAACCUGUAUCUGCAGCCUUACAGAACGGCGACAUGAUCCGGGCUGUAAUCCGCUCGACUGGCUCCAACCAGGAUGGACAUACUCCGGUUAUGACACAGCCAAGCCCCCAAGCACAAGAAGAUUUGAUACACCAUGUCUAUAAGCAAGCUAACCUGUCUUUUGACGAAACUCGUUACGUUGAGGCUCAUGGAACUGGAACCCCAGUAGGUGACCCAAUCGAAAUGAAAGCUAUUGGUCUUGUCUUUCGAAAAUAUCGAUCGGCUGUAGAACCUCUUUAUGUAGGUUCGGUCAAAUCAAGUGUUGGGCACCUUGAGGGAGCUAGUGCACUGGCUAGCAUAAUAUUAUCCACAUUCCUUCCGAUACUGACAUCUGUGACAGUCAUGCUCGAAAAAGGCAUCAUACCAACAAACGCACUGUUUGAAAAACUUAAUCCGUCUAUUGAUGCAGACUUUUAUCAUACCGUGGUUCCGACUCAAAAUAUAACGUGGCCAAGCGCCGCUUUGCGUCGCAUAUCAGUCAACUCGUUUGGAUUUGGAGGCUCCAACAGCCAUAUUGUUCUCGACGAUGCGUUGCAUUACCUGAAGGAUCGCAGCCUGGUCGGAAAUCACUGCACGAUAUCACCUCCUAGUGUCUCAAUGGCUAACUCUAGUGCCACUGCUAUUGAUGGAACGGCCAAUGGCAAUGGGACAGUCCAUCUAGAGAAUGGUAUGAAUAGAAGUAGCACUGCUCAUGGAACAUCCCAUCUCCUGAACGGCUCCGUCAAAGCCAAUACGCCCCUUAACCUAUUACCAAAGUUACUUGUCUGGACUUCAGCAGAUGAAAAUGCGGUCAAGCGCACUAUUCAGACUCACAUGGCUUUUUACGAAGAAAAGGUAUCCGGUAACCCAGCGAUGGUCGACCGACUGGCUUUCACCCUAGCCUCCCGACGAAGCCACAUGUUGUGGAGAACAUUUGCCGUUAUCAUGAACUCACCUGAAGUCGACCAGAAAAUUUCUCCAGCUAAACCUGUUCGUAGCUCCGCCGAGUCUGGGCUCGGAUUUGUGUUUACAGGCCAGGGAGCACAGUACGUGAGCAUGGGCUGGGACCUUAUUCAGUAUCCUAUAUUUGCCGAAACAUUGAGCAAGAUUGAAGAUAUAUAUAGGAGUAUUGGGUGUCAAUGGUCCAUAUUUGGUGAGAAAGGAAAGCCAUUAUCAACAGCUGUGCAGAUUGCUUUGCUAGAAUUGUUACGGACUUUUGGUAUCACUCCCAAAGCCAUUGUUGGGCAUUCAUCUGGCGAGAUUGCUGCUGCAUAUGCUAUUGGUGCCUUAUCAUUGGUCUCGGCUUGCAAGGUCUCGUUCUACCGAGGUCUCCUGGCGGGAAAGCUUCGAGUAGAGAGCGCUGAUUCACCAGGAGCCAUGAUAUCGGUGAAUCUCCCAGAGACCUCGGCGUCUGAAUACUUGAAGAGCAUCAAGAACGCAGAUACCUGCUCAGUCGGUGUAGCCUGUAUCAACAGUCCCCUCAACUGCACGCUGUCGGGCCCUGAACAGGCGAUCGAUGCAAUCAAAAUUCAAGCUGAUACGGAUGGCAUCUUUGCGCAGAAAAUAAAGACAGGGGUUGCAUAUCACUCCUCUUCAAUGAAUGCCAUUGCUGACGAAUAUUUGUCGUUGAUGGGAAGUCUCGAGGACGUGGAGAGCGGAAGCCCCAAAGCUAAAAACCGGAUUCCAAUGGUCUCGUCCCUUACUGGAAAGGUCGUGACGCCAUCCACAUUGGCUACGGCAGAGUACUGGGUUGAGAACCUGGUAUCUCCAGUUCGCUUUGCCGACGCUGUUCAGAUACUGACGCAGGAAACAUCAACUCUAAAAGUUGGGAUGGGAACUAUCACGGACCUGGUUGAGAUUGGGCCGCACCCAGUUCUAAAACGAUUCGUGCAAGACACAAUACGUCAGCCACAGAACCGGAAAAAGCAGAUACGUUACUUGGGUGUGCUUCAUAGGUUGCAACCGCCUAUAAAAUCCAUGCUAGAGCUCGUAGGAAAUUUGUUCUGUCUGGGACACACAGUUCGAAUUCAGGUUGUCAACCAACAGUCGACGAAGGACCUCUCUCCCUUCCUAGUUGACUGCCCAGAAUAUCCCUUUGAUCGAUCACAGAUAUCUUUGGCCGAGUCGCGUAUAAGCCGAGAUUUCAGACUGCGAGGGACCACAAAGGGAGAGACACUUGGUGUGCGAGUAUCGGAUUGGAACCCGUUAGAGCCGAGAUGGAGGAACUUUUUAAGUAUCGAAUCUACACCGUGGAUCAGGGACCAUGUGGUCAGCAACACAGUCCUCUACCCCGCCGCAGGCAUGUUGGUCAUGGCCAUCGAAGCAGUGCAGCAAAUGAUGCCACCCGACAGUCUUGUCACCGGAUAUCUCGUUAGAAAAGCCGAGUUCACUAAUCCGAUUCUCGUACUUGAAACUUGGGAAGACCGAACUGAAACGCAAGUACGACUACGACCAGUGAAACAACAGCAGAGCAACGAGCUGGCGUCGUUUGACGUUGUUAUAUUCUCGUACUUGCAUGGCGUUUGGACAGAGUGUUUCCACGCUAACGUUGAUAUCGAUUACGAGUCACCACUUGCAACACGUCAUGAAGAUCUACAGAGGCGAUAUCGACAAGCAGCAGAAUUGUGCGAGAUUCCGAUUGAUUCAACCUUUUUCUACCGUAGUGCCGCCGAUAAUGGUCUCCAGUAUGGGGACUGGUUCCAGCUUCUGCGAGACAUACACUGGGAUGGAAAAGCUAAUGCGCUGGGUCGUGUUGAUGUGACGAAGGCAAGAUUCCAGACAAGUAGUCUGGUGCAUCCUGCUGUCUUGGACCAGGCCUUCCAUGUGCUGCGGGCAUCCGCAGGGCAGCAGAAUGCAACCAAUGUUCCUGUGCGCGUCUCAGACGCUUGGUUCGCGUCAUCCGGAUGGCAAGGGGGGCCCGGAAUCACAACCAUCACCUGGUUGGCGACAUCGGUCUCGCCAAUAAGUGAGAACUACCAUGGUGAAAAAGGCAGCCUUUAUGCGCUGGCUGAUGAUGGGACUGUAUUGUGCACUAUUGGACAGGCUGCCACCGCGACUAUAUCGGGAGACACGCAAGAAACGAAAAAGGAGAAAGAUUUGCUUUACAGUAUUGAUUGGAAGCCACAGCUUAGCCUGCUCAAGCCAGAGCAAUUAAAACAAUACACAAUUGCCAACAGUGUAGCCAGGGAUGAGUCUACUAUUGUCACCAACCACGCGAAAUUGUGUGCUACAUUGAACCGUGUCGCCGUUCGAACACUACGACAAAUUGAUCGUUCCAAGUUGCAGGGAGCAUUGCACCAUUACGUCGCAUGGAUGGAGAGAUAUGUGAGUAAACUACCCCCUGCACAACAAGCGGAGUCCAUCUGCAAUACGGAACUUGAAGCCCAGUUGUGCGACAUUGAGACCACAGUCCCGGCAUGGAAGCUAUAUACGACCUGUGCACGGAAGCUACCAGAAAUGCUGGCCGGCGAGGUCGACCCCCUACAAGUAGUUUUCGGGUCUAACCUGGCCGAUAUCUUUUACGCAUAUAUGUUCCAAACAUUGUGUACCGAUGGGCGCUUCACUACUAUUCUCGACCUUGCAUCCCAUGAAAACCCGAAUCUCCGGGUUUUGGAAGUCGGCGCUGGCACAGGUGGAAUGACGGGGCAUGUUCUCGAGGCAUUUCAGAGGCGUGAAAAGGGUACGGGGGCAUCCAGCUUCGCGGAAUACACAUAUACUGAUAUCUCACCCGUAUUCUUCGAGCGAGGUAGCAGCCGGUGGGAGAAAUGGUACAAAGAGGGUCGUAUGAGUUUCAAGACGCUAGAUCUCAACACGGCUAUUGAGACUCAAGGGUUUGAACCGGGUUCUUAUGACCUCGUGGUUGCCGCCAGCGUUUUGCACGCAACUCCUGAUCUUCAGGUAACCCUCCGUAACGUUCGCCGGGCUCUGAAACCGGGAGGCCAGCUUGUGCUAGUUGAGAUCACCAAUCCGGACGAUGUUGCAGUCACGAUGAUGGCCGGCCUUUUACCAGGUUGGUGGAUUGGUCGCGAGGAGUGGCGGAAGAACUCGGCAGUGGUCCCUGACCACUUGUGGGAUGAGUGUUUGCGUGCUAGCGGCUUCUCGGGCAAUGAUGUAGUGAUCCGCGACUAUCAGAGCGAAAUGUGCCACUUUAUGAGCAUCAUAAUCUCUACAGCCAUGGAUGAGACAGCCGGGACAAUAUCAAAGCCAAAACAGAGUCUGGGCCGACUCAUCUUGGUCGUCGAUCAACAGUCAAACGAGCAACACGAACAGCAAAUACGUCUGGCAGACUUGGUGCGAGAUUGCAUCGACCCGGAAAGCAGACUCUCAACAACUACUUGUGUGUUUUCCCUAAACGAGCUAUCCAAUGCUCUUGCGAACUUGUACCAGGAUGACAUCGUGAUUGUCCUGGCAGAAGUAAAUAACAGACCACUACUUUCCAGGCUAUCGGCAAAAACAUUUGCAUACUUGCAACACCUAAUCAAGCAUGCACCAAAGCUUCUGUGGGCGACUGCGACAAGCAUCAAUGAUGCACAGUAUGCUGAUUACAGCGCAGUCCAAGGCUUCCUGCGCUCUAUCCGAGCCGAGCAGUCUGACAAACACAUCGUUAGUAUUGCUAUUGAGGAUGAGAAAGACACGGCAACAUGUGCUCAGUUCAUUGCAAAUGCUUUCAGGGCUGCCUUUGGUUCUUCAUCGUCAUCAAAGGAAGUGGAGUACAUUGUUCGUGAUGGACUCAUUAUGACAGGCCGCGUAGUUAAGAAUGAAAAUGGAAAUCACGCUCUCAAAUCUCUGCUUUAUGAAAGCUUGCAAUACAAACCAUGGGCGGAGGGCAAUGGUUUAAGGCUCUCGGAGGGUACCCAUGGAGCUCUUGAGUCUCUGCGAUUCGUACAAGAUCCUAUAUAUGACAACGAUAUCGACCCUCAUGAAGUGGAGAUCGAGGCUCAGACUUGGGGUCUGAGUGAUCGCGACGUUCAGACGGCUUUAGGUCGCGUGAAUGUCGAAUACCAAUCACUGGGAAGCGGUUUUGUCGGUUUGGUCAGUAAAAUCGGCCGAGACUGCAAGCUAUCAAUCCAGCCAGGCGACCGGGUUUGCGUGAUAGCUCCAGGUGCUAUACGCAAAUAUCCUCGAGUACAUGAGUCGGCAAUCUUCGAAAUUCCUGACACACUGUCGAACGAGGCUGUUGCAUCAAUCAUUAUCCCCGGCAUGACUGCAUAUCACUCCCUGGUCGAUGUAGCCCGGCUACGGAAAGGAGACAAGGUCCUGAUUCACUUAGCUGCCAGCGGUAUAGGCCAGGUAGCUGUCUGGAUUGCAAAAAUGCAAGACGCUGUCAUUUUUGCUACGGUCUCGUCCUCGGAGCAAAAGGAGUUCCUUAUCGAGAAUUUGGCUAUCGACGAGAGCAGCAUUUUUGACAGUCACGGUACGUUUCCCCAGGAUGUGCUAAAUGCUACACAGAGAUAUGGCGUCGAUGUCAUCUUGAACACACUUUCAGGAGAGAAUGCACUCCAGGCUUCGUGUGAAUGUUUGGCGCCUGGUGGACGAUUUAUCGAGGUCGGUCAUGUCAACGUAAAUGCCAACACGAAGCUGCCUAUGGAGUUAUUUGCCAGAAAUCUCACAUUUUCCGUCGUCGACUUGGCACAGCUAAGUCCUGAAAUCAUCUCAGGCUUACUCCAAAAUACCAUACAGCUUUUCAGCGAGGAGACGAUUCUACCUCCUCAGCCACUACAUAUCUUCAACUCAUCCGAGAUCCAGCAAGCAUUUGGACAAGUUCAAAAUGGCCAAACCAUUGGUUGCACGGCAAUUACUCUCAGACCUGAAGACCUUGUUCCGCACUUCAUUCGGGAGCGUCGAUCCUGGAAAUUUGAUAAAGAUGUAUCGUACUUGAUUGCUGGAGGAUCUGGUGGCCUAGGCCGUGCAAUUAUGCAAUGGAUGGCUGAUCGAGGAGCGAAACAUCUAAUCACAUUGUCUCGAUCGGGAGCAACGUCAAAGGCUGGUGCCCAGAAGAUCGCCGAACUGACAGCUUCUGGCGUGAAAGUUUUUUCUGCUAAGUGCGACGUGUCCUCAGAGAAAGAUCUUGCUAGCACUUUGGCCGAACUUUCGCGCACAAUGCCACCUAUCAAAGGCUGCAUUAAUGCAGCUGUGGUCCUCCAGGAUGCAAUCUUCCAAGAGAGCAUGACAUUCGAAAAGUGGGAACUUGCAAUGCUGGCAAAAGUACAAACUUCGUGGAAUUUACAUUCCCUCUUACCAGAAAAUCUUGACUUUUUCAUACUACUAUCUUCUCUUGCCGGUGUCAUUGGUCAGAUGGCUAGCUCCAACUACACCGCUGGUUGCACUUUUCAGGAUGCCCUGACUCGAUACCGCGUUAGUCGGGGCCAAAAGUCGGUCUCAAUUAACAUUGGGUGGAUGCGUAAUAUAGGCCUCAUCGCUGAGACAGGAGAGUAUCAGCGGCAGCGUCAGAAAUUAGACGACAUGCAGCCUAUCAACGACAGCGAGCUGCUUGCUUUGCUGACUCUAUGUUGUGAUCCCACGAACCCCCUCCCAGUAGCAGCACAAGGCCAAGGGCAGGUUGUCUUCGGCUUACGUACGCCAGCCGAAAUCCUGUCAGAAGGACGAGCCGUCCCAGCACAUUUGGAACGCCCUUUGUUUGCUGGCUUCUCUCGCGAUGCCCAAUCGACUGCAUCAGCUAAGGAGGUCGCUCAACUCGACCGAGAAGUAGCCAUGGCUGCCACUCUGUUCCGUAAGGCUACCACGUCAGAAGAGCGAAUUCAUGUUGUCCUGCGUGCCCUUGCAGCAAAACUGGCGCGCGCGAUGUCAAUCUCGCCGGAUGAUGUCGAGCAUAACAAGCCACUGUCGUCGUACGGUGUCGACUCGCUUAUGGCAGUCGAGCUGAGGAACUGGAUUGGCAGAGAGUUCGAGGCUACUGUGUCCGUAUUUGAUAUUAUGGGCGGUAUAUCUAUUGGAGGCAUCGCAGAUUUGGUAGCAUCAAGGAGCACGGUUGGCCAGAAUUUUGAUUAGGUCUGAGGCAGGAUGUUAGUCCAAAAGUAUAGGCAUUUUAUCCAUAAAAACACCAUCGUGAUAACCGUCUCAGAAUUCCCUGUUGGAGAUAAUUUUUUCGCCCGUAGGUUUCGCUACCGUGGCACGGUAUGUAGCCAUCGCCUUUGCAAGUAUAUGCAUAUUCUGCUUCAAGUAGACAAACUUUUGGGCUGGGAGGAAAUUUCUUAACCAACAGCCACAACAAUCAAAAUGAACAGCCGACCAAGCCUGUCCGUUGGGCUGAUUCCAGGUCCUAAUAUAGCACACUAUAUAAAUAUCAAAUGAAAGAACGACAUAUCGGAAUGAC